GUAUCAAGCGCACAAGAAAAGAAGGAGAGGAAAAAGGAGCACUGUGGGAAGCACUCACAAUUCCUCAGGCUGCCUUUUUGUCAUGAAUUCUCUACCGGUUCCGGUUUAAAGUCUAUUUUUUUUUCCCUCCUCUUUCUCUUUACCACUGUUUGGUCUCCAUUUCUCUUCGCCUGUUAGUGACGCGACCUGAUUUCUGUAACGGAUUUCACCAGCAGUAACAACCAGUUUGGGUGGUUUCGCGUGGUGUCGUGUGAAGCAUGGAAAAAACACCGCAGCAGACUGGGAUUGUCAUUUUGUAGCGAACAGUUGCACUUUCCAGCGUUUGCCGAGUGCGUGGACGGCGGAAGACGUAUGAAAAUAAAAGAAGGCAGGUUUGUGUGAAGGCUUGAUCAUGGGCUGCGUCAAAAGUAAAGAGGACAAAGGACCAUCGCUGAAGUACCGACCAGAUGCUCCUAACCCUACCCCUGUUCCCUCCCACAUGGGCCACUAUGGACCAGACCCCACCCAGAUGGGCCAGUCACCUGCCCUCAAGGGUCCCAACAGCAGCUACAACAGCCAUGCCUCCGGCAUCACUCCAUUUGGUGGCUCCUCAUCCGGCAUCACUCCAUUCGGUGGAGCUGCUUCUUCCUUUUCCACAGUAACCGUGAGCAACCCCUUCCCUGGUGGUGUCACAGGUGGUGUGACGUUUUUUGUGGCCUUAUAUGACUACGAAGCCAGGACAUCCGAUGACCUCUCGUUCAAAAAAGGCGAUCGAUUUCAGAUCAUCAACAACACAGAGGGAGACUGGUGGGAGGCCCGUUCCAUCAACACGGGCAAGAAGGGCUACAUUCCAAGCAAUUAUGUGGCCCCUGCAGACUCCAUCCAGGCUGAAGAGUGGUACUUUGGGAAAAUGGGACGCAAAGAUGCUGAGCGACUGUUACUGGUUCCCGGAAACCAGCGAGGGACGUUCUUGGUCAGGGAGAGCGAGACGACGAAAGGGGCUUACUCUCUGUCCAUACGCGAUUGGGAUGACAUGAAGGGUGACAAUGUGAAGCACUACAAAAUCCGCAAGCUUGAUAACGGUGGCUACUACAUCACCACAAGAGCCCAGUUUGAGACACUGCAGAAACUGGUCAAACACUACACAGAGCAUGCAGACGGACUCUGUUACAGGCUCACUACAGUCUGUCCGACUGUGAAGCCCCAAACUCAGGGCCUGGCUAAAGACGCCUGGGAGAUCCCACGUGAAUCGCUUCGCCUGGAACUCAAGCUGGGCCAAGGCUGCUUCGGAGAGGUCUGGAUGGGCACUUGGAACGGUACUACUAAGGUGGCGAUUAAGACGCUGAAGCCUGGCACCAUGUCCCCCGAGGCGUUCCUUCAGGAGGCUCAGAUUAUGAAGAAGCUCAGGCAUGACAAGCUAGUGCCACUGUAUGCCGUCGUGUCUGAGGAACCCAUUUAUAUUGUGACCGAGUACAUGGGCAAAGGGAGUUUGCUGGAUUUCCUAAAGGAAGGUGAAGGCAAAUACCUCAAGCUUCCCCAGCUAGUGGACAUGGCAGCACAGAUCGCCGAUGGCAUGGCCUUCAUCGAGAGGAUGAAUUACAUCCACAGAGACCUGCGGGCAGCCAACAUCCUAGUGGGAGAAAACCUGGUUUGCAAGAUCGCUGAUUUUGGCCUGGCCAGGCUGAUCGAGGAUAACGAAUACACUGCACGACAAGGAGCCAAGUUCCCUAUUAAAUGGACAGCACCUGAGGCAGCUCUCUACGGCCGGUUCACUAUCAAAUCUGACGUCUGGUCUUUCGGGAUCCUGCUGACUGAGCUCGUCACCAAGGGCAGAGUGCCAUACCCAGGCAUGGUGAACAGGGAGGUUCUGGAGCAGGUAGAGAGAGGCUACAGGAUGCCGUGUCCUCAAGGCUGUCCUGAGUCGCUGCACGAGAUGAUGCGCCUGUGCUGGAAGAAAGACCCUGACGAGCGACCCACUUUCGAGUACAUCCAGUCCUUCUUGGAGGACUACUUCACUGCCACCGAGCCGCAGUACCAGCCUGGAGACAACCUGUAGAGCUGUCUGCCUGGUCCCAAACCGGCUUGCUGCUUCCUCCCCCUAAACCAUCCGUGCACACUUCCUUUUCCUCUGACUUUUUUUUUUUGUUUGUUUUUUUGUUAUAUUUACAGCGGUGUAGGAGGCACCGUGUAACACCUUUUUUUUUUUUUUUUUUUUUUUUGGAUUUUGUUAACCCUCUGUUGAGUUCAGGAUAAGUGUGAAGUGAAGUUCGGUAGGGAAGCGAGCAUUUCGGUUCGGAACAAAGCGGGAGCUGCAGAGAAAGUAAUGACCGUAGUGCUGAUUACAUAAAUGUCUAUUUUCUUUCCCGUUUAUUGUUUUAGUUUUCACCCAAACACUACAUUUUCUGUCUGUUUUAAGAUCAAGAACUGAUUUCUUUUUGUUAUUGUUAUUGAUUUUUACUUUACAUUUCACGUCCUCUUCCCCCUCCUCCCAUUUAUUUCAAUAGUUUGUUUUUAAAAAAAGUGACCAAUAACUGUGGUUGAAAACGACGGUAUCACCUAAGACUGUCAGUGAUGCUGUGACUGAGAGAGAAUAAUGAAAAUGAAUUAUGAAUGUAUGAAUAGAGUGUGAGCAUGAGAGAGAGAGGGGGUUGGAGGGUGGUGAAAUUUGACUUUGUAAGUUAAAAUAGUCGUGGAAAAUAAGAUUUUUUUUUUUUAUUGAAUGGGGAAAAAUAGAUGAUUUGUUUUAGCAAUCUGUUCUAAUUUGAUCCAUCAUGAUUGAUGAUUUAUAUUUGUGAACCCACUCUUAGUGCCAGCCAAAAAAAUCUUUUAAGAGUGCACUAACCGUACACUAAGGCGAUGAAUUGGCAUCAGUUCUGGGAAAACCUGUUUAUAAUUUGCGCACAUAUUUGUGCAAUUUUCUUUUUUUUCCAUUGUGUAAUGCAAGUCUGUCAGUUUUACUUCUGCAUCUUACUGUCAUGAUUACUUCCAGGAGCUUGAAUUUACACGAGCCCGACACUAAACACUUCAAAUCUGCACAAAUGUUUAGUCACUUUAGGUGAGAAACGGAAAUACUGUCGCUUUAUCAUGCUGUGAGAAAUUUUAGGUCGCUGCAAAUCAGUACGAAAAUCACCUUUAUCCUACGACGAAGCGUUUCUAUCUUGAUGGGUGUGGUUUCUUUCAGGAUCCACGCACAGGUUCACUCCAUCAUCGAAAGAGCAAUCUUUUGGAAAAGCGAUGUUCAGUCUUGACUGUUUCAGAGACUUGGACUCAGAUUUUUUUUAUUAUUAUUAUUACUUUUUAUAACAGCACCCUUCAAAAUGCCAUUUCAAAUCACAUUACUUCAGCUUGAUGGGUUAUAUAUUGAAAGAGGACCUAGAAAUUCGUUUGAUUUUUAACAGUAGGGUCUGCGAGAUUUGUUCAUACCGUGUUAUGACGAAAGCAAAGUUAAUUCCAUGGAGAAAUAAAAUCCCUGCAUUUCAUAUUGGAACAGAACCUGUUUUAUCGUUUGUAUCACCGAGGUAAAUUUAAGAACGGGUGAAAUCCCACAGUUCCAUCUGCUUCGUCACGUCCCCAGCUUUCCGACGCUGCUCUGUCUCCCUCCAGAGGUUGACUGUUCGAAUGAUAAAGGGUGAAGUUCUGGGCACUGUUACACUUCCACUGGGUGAUACAAGUUCUGUUCUCUAAAUGGAAGCCAUCUCAUUCUGCAGGGAGAAUUGAGGGUGGUUUUUCAUCACUUCCUGGUGUUUAAUUUUUGUCCUUUCAUACCGUCAAUUUGAUGGAGUGUCUGCAAUUGAAUUGUGCCUGAACCGCGGAUCUAUAAACGGUGAUUUCAUUAUUGUUGUUUAAAGCAGAUAAGACUGGUCUAAUAUUAACAGUCCAUUACCUCAGUAACAAAGUAAUACAGGUGCUGUAUUGAGUUGUUUUGUCUGUCUGUGGUUCUUGACGCAAGUUGAAAUGCUCUUCACGUGAAAGUCUAGUUGAAAAGCCUUGUGUGUGUGUGUGUGUGUGUGUGUGUAGAGAGGUCUUUACCUUUGUGUGAUUAUCCAUUUGUUUCGGUCUCGAGGGGUUUUUUUUGUCAUAAGAACGAACUCCUCCUUCCAUUUCCUCCCCACCCCCAGACAUCUGUGUGGUUUUCAAAGGGCUAAGGACCAGUUUAAUGGAUCUCUUUUGUUCUAUCAUGGAGACUUUUGAAGAAGAGAACUGAAGCGCUUGGGCUGCAGGGUUGAAGCAGAGUAUGGAGGUGUGUACCGUCAUGUUGGCAACAAAUUACUAACCUGAAUAAUUUGUACAGUGAAAAAUAAAGUUGUACGUAAUGCUUUUGAA